CCGUUAUUUUGCCUCAUUAUUCCCUAAUUACUAGCCAUUCCGAUACAUUUUUCCUUGUUCUACAGCCACCUCCAAACAUUGUACUGCCUAGGAAUUGCAAAAUACAUUUUUUUUUUUUUUCUUUCUGGUAGAUGGUCAUAAAAAUUCCAUACAUUUUUAGCGCAGUGAAUUGUUGCUAGUCACUGUGAAAAGGUUAAUUCCUGAGAGUCCCGCCUGAAUCAGUGUUGGGUAGUGGCUGCUUUAAUGGUGGUUCAAAAUUCCUUCCUUACGAUUCUCGGAAUUACGUAGAUGUAAUUGAAGUAAUAUAAGCGUUUUGAGUCCUGACAGUACCGCCUGAAUCAGUCAUAUGUUGGUUGGGUAGCAGCUGCUGUACUGGCGACUAUGUGUCCGUCAUGCAUGUCAUUGGUUUAUCAUGAGAGCAGAGCAGCACGGGGUGUUGGGGUGCUAGCAAGGUGAUGAGCUGCCAGUCCACGGUGCUGCAGGCGCCCGCUCUGGGAGGCGCCCCGCGUUGCCCAGCGACAUGUGGCAGGCAGGUCAGGGUAGUCGGUGUUCUGCGCCUGCGCUAAGGUGCCACCACCAUCUGGCACUCACUUCAAUAUAAUGGUAGGGACGCGGACUACCGGGCCAUACUGUACUGUGCCAACCUGCCCUCGCACACUCGGCCACGCCUGACCCACUCACGCGCCUGCCACGCUGCUGCACGACACUGACAGACGGCAAGCCUCUUCGCCGCCACUCGGGAGCUUCUUGGUGACGAUGACAGACUGAUGCAUCGCACACGUAGCACUGUUCCGGUCUGAGGCAGUUUAGGGUUAUAUCGUGAAGUGCUGUUUUGAGUAUUGUGAAAUUCGAAGGAAAACGAAUAACAGGGUACACGUUUCUGAAGCCUUUCUAAAUGUAUUGUCCUGGAGAAGUCCGCGAGAUUUUUGACCACGUGUGGUACAAUAGAGGUCAGCGCCAGCGCGGCCUCACUGCUUGACACGAAAAAAGUCGAAGAAGUUGAUUCAGUGCACCAGAUUCGAAAGUGUUUUUCUCAUCUGCGUUUGGCACAACAGGUUGACAGGAGCAAGGCAGCGGACCGUCCUCUGGCCGGUUUGACUUGGAGAAAAGCGACCACCCUCACUCCGCCAGCAUGAAAUGGAGCGCAGGGCUGAGCACAUGUAGCGGGGGUCAUGAGGACUCGGGGGACCUGCAGGACCGGAACAACAAUAACAAUAACUGCAAGAACAACAAGAACAUCACCAUGACCAGCGAGGACCUCCUGCAGCCCGGUCACGUGGUCAAGGAGCGAUGGAAAGUGGUUCGGAAGAUCGGUGGCGGCGGUUUUGGGGAGAUCUACGAGGGGCAGGAUCUGGUGACUCGCGAGCAGGUUGCCCUCAAGCUGGAGUCCGCCAAGCAGCCCAAGCAGGUCCUCAAAAUGGAGGUGGCAGUACUCAAAAAGCUUCAAGGUCGCGAGCACGUGUGUCGCUUCAUCGGUUGUGGCCGAAACGAGCGCUUCAACUAUGUGGUGAUGCAGCUUCAGGCCAAGAACCUCGCCGAGCUGCGCCGCGCCCAGCCCCGAGGAGCCUUCAGUCUUUCCACUGCGCUGCGCCUUGGCCACCAGAUCCUUCGUGCCAUAGAGGCCAUCCACGAGGUCGGCUUCCUGCACAGAGACAUCAAGCCGUCCAACUUCAGCAUGGGUCGCCUGCCUCACAACUGUAGAAAAACUUACAUGCUGGACUUUGGACUUGCCCGCCAGUACACCAAUGCAAAUGGAGAGGUGCGGACACCCAGGGCUGCAGCUGGGUUCAGAGGAACAGUAAGAUACGCCUCUAUGAAUGCCCACAAAAACAAGGAGAUGGGCCGCCACGAUGACCUGUGGUCCCUCUUCUACAUGGUUGUUGAGUUUGUGAAUGGUCAGCUGCCAUGGAGGAAGAUAAAGGACAAAGAACAGGUUGGUCUGAUGAAGGAGAAGUAUGACCACCGCCUCCUCAUCAAACACUUGCCAUCAGACUUCAAGCAAUUCCUUGAACACAUCCAAAAUUUGGACUACCAUGACAAACCUGACUAUGCCAUGCUGUCGGGACUGUUUGAGCGCUGCAUGAAGAGGCGGGGCAUCAAGGAAUCAGACCCCUUUGACUGGGAGAAGACCCCCACAGACAACUCCCUUGGAACCACGACUACCACCACUCAUGCUGUCAUCACCAAGCCACAGCAUGCUGACAGCCGCCUGGCAUAUGGCGGUGGCAUGACAGACAACAUGCUGGAUGACAAUGUGCUGGGCUCUGUUGACAAUCAAGAGAACGUUGAGGCACACCAUGAGCGGGAGCAUGAUCCACGCCGCCGCCGCCGCCGUGACACUGUCCUUCACCAGCCUCAGCCUAACAUUAACCAGCAACAGGUGGAGGCUAAGGAGCGGGUGCUGAACGAUAACAACGUCAAUGCCAACAUCAUCGCCAACAAUGAGAAGGACACCAACGAGGUGGAGAUGUCCCCCAAGAAGAGAAAGGUUGAAGAGUUUAACUGUGAGAAGGAAGGAGAAGGGGGAGGAGAGAAGGAGAAGGAGGGACGGCUAGAGUGUUCCACCGACUGGGACGGGGAUGCAGUCAUGGCGUCCAGGCAAGGCCACACGACCCCCAGGGGAGCUGGUGGUGAUGACAACAAGAACAGGAAGCCAUUGGCCGUCUUGCGUCUUUCCUCGGUGGACACAGCCGCUGAUGACGUGGACAUGAAUGUUGAACCUGCCAGUAAGAGAGAUGAUCAGUAUUCGGUGCAUGAUGCCAGCUACGUAAGCUUCCAAGAGGGUGGACGGCUGGCCCGCAUGGAGCCCAACACAGGUGGAGUGUCUCCUGGGGGCUCCACACCACCCACUGAAGGAGAGUUCCAUCCCCAUGCCCGCGACCACACACCACACCGCCGAACUCAUCACAAGAGGAGUCUCAGCUUUGCCAGGUUCCAUCCAGUGCAGCGGGCCAAGUACCUGGGGCACCGAGACCUCUCCAUCACUCAGUUUGCUCUGGCUGAUGAUGACAACGUGUCCCAGCCAGUGACAAAGGGUGGUGGUGGUGGCCUAACCCUUGCCUCUCAGUGGAAGUCUCAGUUUGAUGACUCAGAGGAGACAGACAAUGAGCUCAAGGCUGACAACCUGCAGAGUCCCGAACACAAGCAGAGAAUUACACUUGUGUCGCCAUCAUCACGGGGGCCUGACGAUACCACCAUCACACCUGUGCAGGAUGCUGGAAACACUGAGAAGUCCCGAAGGGCUGGGGCAGAGCUAUCCAGGAUUAGCGAGGAUGACCGCCACCGCUCAUCUGACCACCACACCCACACACAGGUGCCUGAUGUUACAAUAGUAGGUGGCAGUGUUGCUGGAAGCCACGGUGUGGAAGAGUUGCGUGCUUUGACCAAGGCAUCAGGGGGCAUUGAGGAGGUGGAUGACUGCCUGCCACCGGAGGGACAGGAAGGAGUGGUACAUGUCGAACUUGGUAAUCAGAUUGGCCUACCACGUGCCUGGUCCAAUCCUCAACUGUCCAGUCACAUUCGGCCAGGCCUGGAGCCCCCUCUGGUACACACCACCACUGUUACUGAUGCUGUCUAUGAAGUUGAUGUUGCUCGGGGCAUCUGUGUAAAGUCUUCUCGGGAAGGCUCUCCUCUCACACCAGAGCGGCGUCAGAGUAUGCCUGACAUUGGCAUAUGUGAAAAUGAAGAAGGAGAAACAGAUGCUGUCGUUGGUGGCAAAAUAGAAUUCCGUGUUCUUGACAAGGACAAGAAGUUGUCUCAUCCCACACGUCAGACAACCAUUGUCGCCAGCCAGAUCCGAGUAUCACGCCAGGAGCUGUCAGCGGUGGUGCCAGCUCCUCCUGCUUUCACUGCAGAUUCAGAAACUACUACACCUCCUCCACCUCCACCUCCACCACCUCUGCCCUCCAUGUUAGACCUGCCUGCUGGAACUACACAUAAAUCAACUUCCCUCCAGUCCAGCCCACUAACCCAUCCAGAGGAACGCUCUAUUUAUUACGAUGCCCCACCCCCCGAUGACUCCUCUCAUCAAGCCAGUCAUAGAGCCAAGAGCAGUUCUCCCAGGAAAGACCAAGAUGAAGAUGGGCACAAAAGUAUUGAAUCUUCUGAAGGUACAGUAAAAGAUAAGAGUGAUAUUCGUAGCAGUAAGAAGGAUGAAUCUAGGAGAAGACUUGGUGUUGUAGCCCUGCCGGUGGUUAUGGAAGACCACAAAGACCGAGAUGUUGAGUCCACACGGUAUGAGUCUGCAACCAAUGCUCCUGAUACCAGUCGAUAUGAAACAGCAGCUCAUGAUCAGACUGUUGUGCAAGAGAGUUCCCGUUAUGAGACUGUAAUGGGUGGGCCACUCCCAGAGUCCUCCCGAUAUGAGACGGUCAUGGGCACACGAGAGACUGAAGGAAGAACGAGGCAAGACACCAUCUGUGAAGAAGAGAAAUCACUUUUAUCAGAACGAAGAAAAUCACUAGAGUAUCUAUUAGAAGAGAAGCAAGAUGGAGAUGAUUCAAGAAAAAUAUCUGUUAUUAACCUGAAUGACUUAUCUGCUGCCUUUCAAGCCUCCACAAUGAUAAAUCGAUCCAGAACUGUGACACCGUCAGUCUCGCCACGGGGAACACCACCCCACAGUGAGAGUGGUGGGCGUCGCAGUCGGUCAUCCCGCCACCGCCGCUCCUGUGAGGAUCUCUUAGAGGAAGGAAGUGAGGAGUCUUCCAAAACCAACACACCACGUCCAACAGAUCUGUUAGCACGGUCUUCCAUGUCACCGGACCGACAGCGAAGCAAUGGUGUGAGGAAGUCCCCAGGUAGUCAGGAUGACUCCUCUCAGAAAAGUCGCAUUCCUGUGCCUAUGUGGGCUCGCUCUGCCAAGGAGGGUGAGCCAGAGGGAGGCCUUAUCACAUCAUCUGGGGGAAGAAGUCCACGCUAUUCUGAGUCUGAUCGUGCUGAAGCUGUUCGUAGAAUCUCAGUUGCCUUGGCAGAAAAGGUGGCUUCUCCAGGUAAUGAGGAAGACUCAGUCAGCACAAGAAGUGGUGUGUCAGAGCACCGGUCAGCCCGAGAGCGUGGAUCAGUAGCGUCAGCGGUCAAUGAUUAUCAACGAUCAGGCAGCAAUGAGGACCACAGUGAGGACCUGGCUGACCUGACCCCUGCCCUGCGUAGGAGACGUCAGGGUGUAGACAAAUAUGUAACAGAUGAAGCCCAGCUCAACCUUCGCUUCCAGCGCCGCCGCACCCGCCCCAUGUCAGAUGUCACUCCACCACCACCGACCAUACUGCAGUCUAGAAACCGUCAAAGCAACAGACAACGAGUGUCCAUGAUAGAAGCAGGAACAGGUGGUCGAUAUUUUGACACCGGGAGAGGUGUGCCCUCCUACCUCCUCAAGCCCCAGCAUGAAGACUCCAGUGAGUCCGAGAGUUCACAUCCACGAAAGCCACGUCCUCCUUCGUCAGAGCCUCCCUCAGCAGCCAGAGAUGUUGCUGCCAGAUCUCUUCCUCCAUCCCCUCGAAGAGCAAUGAUGAGAAUACGACGUUAUCGGCCUUUGAGUGCAGACAGCGGUGAAAACUUCAGAAGGCAGCACCCACAACGCACAGUCUCUCCAGACUGACAAGAACCUCGGCCCUAGUCUUCAUCGGCAGGAGGAGACAGACAGCUUCCGGAGCCACUCAUCUGCAAUGCCUCACCUACUACCCAGACACACCUCUUCUCUUCUCACACCCACAAACGCACAAAGUCUCUACCAAGCACAUGCAACAUUUGUACUCACAAGCUCAGCCAUAUGAGGUCAUUCGAUGAAGCAUAUUCAAGUUUCCCCCAGCCAGAGCCACAGCGGUUUGUGAGGGUAAAAGAGAUUAAGAAGCCAAGAAAGACAAGAAAAGUCUGUGGAUGUUGGCAAAUGUUUUUGAGAAGACAAAGGAGAACUUCGCCAUCCACAAUAAGCAAAAAUGAAGAACUGAGCCAGAGUAAUCUGAACAUCUUAAGACCACCAUGUGUGUAGUGGAAUAUAUAUAUAUAUAUAUAUAUAUAUAUAUAUAUAUAUAUAUAUAUAUAUAUAUAUAUAUAUAUAUAUAUAUAUAUAUAUAUAUAUAUAUAUAUAUAUAUAUAUAUAUAUAUGGUGCUCAUCACUUACCAUGACAUACCCAAGUACUAACUGAUUAGAAAGUGUUUUCUCAUGUAGUGAGAUAUGGGAAUGCAUACAUUGCCAAUUGUCUUCUUAUGAAGAUUCUGAUGCAAAUGUGUCUUCUUAUCUAGUGUGAGCUAUUGGAGUGGUGAAAUAGCUGGGUUGUGCAGGCAAAAUAAAAAAAAAUUAUAAGUUUGAACUGCUGUAGUGGCAUUGGCUCAGUGAGGGUGACAGGGAGCUGUCCUUCCUCUGCUGCCUGUUGUGAGACAUGGGUCCCUGAGGGUGGUGGGAGCCAUGUACCCUCACUUGACAGCUAGAAUCAGGUCAGUGCAAUUGGGUGCAGCCGGUUGUAUCAUCACCUGCACAUGGUUGUGAUAUUUGAUAAUGUACGUUCAGUGUACUUACACUUACUAGGUUAGGUAGUAACUGUGCCAUCCUCUGUUGCCAUUGAUUGACUUUUUAUAGGUCAUGCUGGCCACAAGCCCCCAGGUUAUUAGAGUUAUCUUUUAGCUGAGAAAACAGUAUAAAUGGAUAAUUUUAAUGUAAAUUGAAAUUCAAGACCUAAAAGGCACCUAUGGUCAAAUGUGAUGUAAUAUUCUUUAAUGUUUCUUCUGAUCUAGGUACCUUUAUUCACUUCAAAGGUUCUCAAUAACUAUUGUAAAUUUACUAAUACAAAUUAGCCUUUGAUAUUGUUCUUAAUGAACUAUUUUGGAGAAUAACUGCAAUAUUAUAGAGUGUCUGAAAGUAUGUAUCUCUUGCAUAUUGCCCAAAUACUCAGUAGUCCUUACACUUUGAAGCUUUGUCGUUUUCUCUAUGCUAAUUCAAGAAUGCUGUAAGUAUUCUUAAGGUGCACAUACAUUAUGCUAAUAAUGCAGUUUGAAUGUUCAUUUGGUAAGUGAGGUCUUGGGUUGUCCCUGUGCCAUCUCCUGUGUUGUGGGUUUGUUGUAUUAGUCUCCCUCUUUGGUUAAGAGGAAUUCAUUUUAUAAAAGCAGAACUGGAAGGUCAAAGGUGUACUUCUAUAGUAUUUAUCAAGACUCACAGGAAGGACUGUGCAUAUUGUGUUUUGACAGUGGACUGCCAUGGAAGAAUUUAUAACAUUAUUUUUAAGAAACAAGAAUUAAGGACUUGCUAUGUUGAAUGUUGAAAAUACUGGUGAUGAAACUAUAUUUAUAGUAUGGUCAGUAUUCUGUUGUUUUCACUACAUUACAGAAAGUCUUACUUCUGCAUUACUUGUGGGAAAGCUUGUCAGUCAAGAUAUUGUAUACAUUUAGUUCAUUAAUGAAGAAUGAGUUUCAGUAUCAAAAAUACUUGUAUGAAGUUGAAUGAUGGGUAUAUCGAAAUUAAUAUUCACUUACUAAUUACUAGGAAUUGUUAUGCCAUGUUUGUACUCUAGUCAUAAACAUUUGUUCUAGUCAUUUUACAGUACAAAGCUCAUGGCUUUGCAAAAAAAAAAAAAAAAAAGGAGAUAUUAUGAAGCUUCAUUUGUGGAUAUUUUAAUUUGAUCCAACAUUAAUUUAUUUACAUAUAUUUUUCAUACUCCUUCAGGAGUAUCACAUUGAGCAGAAUCAUCAAUGUGAUACUGAGAUAAGCAAGAGAAUGACUCUUUUCCCCUCAAACUCAAACUGUUUAUUUAACUGACUUGUUUUCCCUCAAACACAAACAGUUUACUUAACUGACUAUGAAGCUUCAGUUGUCCAUGUCCUGUCUCAAGUUUACCAAACUUACCAACUUUAUCUUUGCUGUGAUGUCUUAAUAAGAAAGCCCAAGUUUUGUAAGCAAAUGCAAAGCUGAGAUUACUCCAACCAGUGUGAAAAUGGCAAACUGUAGAGCUAUUGAUAUAGUCAAGGUGCUUCACCAUCAUUAGUUUGUUUGUGUGUAUACAUUUUCCCACAAGUGUGACUGUUGAAGGAAACACUGAGGCACUGUACAGUCACCAUGAGUCUGCAAGUGUCUUCAUGAGAGCAAAUCUAUGAAACAUGGUUAUAGAUAUUAGGUUAGGAUGAGUAAUUAUCAUGCCUUGAUAACUAAGCUAGAUUUAUAUAGAAAUUUACAUUAUACCUCCUCAAAUGUUACUCAAUUUCCACCUGAGGGAAGGAUAAUUUUACUUUUGCCUUAGGAUCAACCAUGUGUUUGCAGUCUUGAAAUCAAAAGCUGUUUGCAUCAAUGAGUUUUUGUUUUUUAUUUUCUGCCAAAAGUGUUCCAUAUCUAUAACAUGUAGCUUUAUUGGCAUGGUAGUCAUGCUCCCAAGUAUUAUAUUUCACUGCUCAUAUUGUAUUAAUUGCUUAAUACACUCAACAUUUUAAGGGCAGUGAUGAUCUCAAUUAAAUGGAUAUUGAAGUCUUCAUAUUGUCAUAUUAAGGAAAUUUAGGAUAAAAUCAAAUUAAAUUAGUGAUUAAUUAUUUACUUAUUUUAAGUUGAAUAUCAUGAAAGUUCCAGUUUGUCUUUUUCAGUCACAGCAUCACUGUUGGAAAUCAUAUGACUCACUUUAUCAUUGUGAAGUGCAAUAUGAAUUUCCCUGAUUCAGGGAAGAACUAGGUCAGGUUGGGCAGCCAGACAGUGAGCAAAGUAACAACUGAAGGCUCAAAGGGUAUGGAUGAAGAAAAAAAAAAUUAAUAUAAUCAUAAGUGAGGAUAGCUCCAUGACGUUCAUAACCUCGCAUUCAGGCAUAGAUAAAGUCACAUGGACUCCUAGGCAGCCUACCUGGUAUUAAUUAACUCUAUGAGUUUGUAUAAUAGCAUGUGGUGGACAGCCGGGUAAUUGCAAAGUUAAGAACGUCACAUUAAACUAGCGAAUGAUCAGUUUUAUACUGUCAGUGCUGUCGGUGAUACCGUCAAUUAUUGAACCUACCGAGAACUUUUCAUAUGUUCUUGAAGGCUGUAUGUGUUCCUUGAGUUGUAUUGGUGAGUGCAGGAGGGGGAGGCUGCUGCUGCCAGCCUCUUACCUGUGUUCCUUUUUUCCUUGUUUCUUUUUUGCUCAUAUAUCAGUGUCCAUGGCAAUCUUUUUUCAUUUAUUUCUUUUUUUUUUCUUUUUUUUUUUUUUUUUACUUAUUCAUGUGGUUACUGGUCAUCUGUCUAUAAUGUCCAGAUUGUAUAUUUUUGUUCUGUGUAUUUAGAUUGUUAUUUACAAUUAAAUUAUAGCAAUGCCUUCUAA